AUUUGGGUGAAUAACGCCAAAUCAUCGUAAUGAUCACGAUGACAAAACAAAUUAUUUGGAAUGCAUCCUGUAUUUCAUUGGCCACGAUUAAUCUAAUUAGUUUGAUCCUAUGGUUUUAUCUCAAAUUAUCCGGCGAAACGAGUAGUUUUUGUUUAUAUGAUAGUUUCUAUUUUCUCUUUUAUUACCUGUUUUGUUUUUUCUAUUCACUUGCUAUAAUUCAGUAUCCGAAUGUAACGGAAUACAAUGCCAGAAUAUUUUACAUGCAAAAAUUUCUGGCCAUUGGAUUUGCAAUAUUCGAAUUGGAAGCAUUGGUUCAUUUAAUAAGAAAAUAUUCCUACAUUAUGGAAUAUUUGAUGGUCGGUGAUGAUGAUAUUGUUAUACGCAUUCUGCAUACGCUUGCCAUUUUUGGAAUCGUUAGGUUUUUAAUACUGAUAUUUGGUUUCUAUAUGGCGAAUAGAAAUUUAAAUCAAUUAAUACUGAGUAAAUAUCUAAAUCCAGUUCUAUUUGGUUCUGGUUUGAUAUUUGUUGCCGAUUGGUCCAUUAUUCAAUUGUAUUUGUUUACAAUAUAUUUAUAUGAAUAUCGAAUGCCAAUUGUAUUUUUCACAUCUUAUAUUCUAUCCAUAUAUUAUAAAUAUAUUCGCACCGAAAUGGAAGAUUAUUAUUGAUUAAACCAAAUUCAAAUUUUUUCCCAAUUCAAAUGAGUACGUAUUAUUUGAAGGGAUAACUAUUUUUUUUACUGUGGUGCGUAUCAGCCGUAU